CUCGAGUUAAACUGGCAACCUUGUGGUUGAGAGCCCACUGGCCCAUGUGGGAAUCCAACGGCAGCCUUCGGAGUUAGGAGCACGGAGCUCCAACCGACUGAGCCACCGGGCUGGCCCCAUAACUGCUGAUUGUAGAGAGGUGUCAGUUGCACAGGAAGAACAGUCCAGCUUACCUGAGCUUGAUGGAAGUCUCUUCCAGGUGGAAUUGGAUGCUCCCUCGUUUCAAGCCAACGGGUUUGAGUUCAUCUCUUAGGAGCUCGAUUCAACGAACCAGUUGUCUUCAACAGAUUCAUUCACUUCAGCUACUGGGAGCCUUCACGAUCAGGGUCUUGGGUUGGUGCUGCCUUCACAGGAGCUCUGGCCCCUACGCCCCUGCCCCACAAGCAAGGAGGGCAGAACCAGCCAGGCCUCGAGGUGUGGAUCCUAGGGAAGGUGGAGCCAGCCGCACAGGUUUAAGGCGCCUGGACUCCUCGUUAGAAGGCACUCCCAGUAUUUUGGAUCGCCCCUCUGUCGGUCCCCUGGGAGGUCUGCCCCUAUUAACGUCUGCAGCAGCUGAAGCCGAGAAAGACGACCUGCUAAGGCAUCCCCACGCCGGGUCCUAGGUUAGGCCUCCUGGUCCCGCGUUCCGGUGGGUCGGGCUCCCCGGCGCCCAUGCAAAUUAGCCGCGGUGUGGCCCCGCCUCCCCGCGGCUCCGGAAGCGGCGCCCCGCGCACCUGGCCCCACUCCCAGCGCCAGUCUGCGCUUCCGCCGGUCCCCGCGCCUGCUCGACGGCGAUGGCGGCGCGGCGCGCGCGGCCCGUGAGGGUGCUGGUGGAUAUGGACGGCGUGCUGGCCGACUUCGAGGCCGGCCUCCUGCGGGCUUUCCAGCGCCGUUUCCCCGGGGAGCCGCACGUGCCGCUGGAGGAGCGCCGCGGCUUCUUUGCUCAGGAGCAGUACAGAGCCCUGCGGCCGGACCUGGCGGACAAAGUGGCCAGUGUGUAUGAAGCCCCAGGCUUUUUCCUAGACUUGGAGCCCAUCCCUGGAGCCUUGGAAGCCAUGCGGGAGAUGAACGCCAUGCAGGACACCGAGGUCUUCAUCUGCACCAGCCCUCUGAAGAAGUAUGACCACUGUGUGGGCGAGAAGUUUCGCUGGGUGGAAAAGCACCUGGGGCCCCAGUUUGUGGAGCGCAUUAUCCUGACGAGGGACAAGACGGUGGUCUCGGGGGACCUGCUCAUCGACGACAAGGACACCAUUCGAGGCCAAGAGGAGACCCCAAGCUGGGAGCACAUCUUAUUCACCUGCUGCCACAACCAGCACCUGGCCCUGCCCCCGACAAGGAGACGGCUGCUCUCCUGGAGCGACAACUGGAGGGAAAUCAUAGGAAGCAAGCGGGGAGCAGUGCAGCAGGACCGAUCGGGCCUAGGGCCUCUCCAGGAAUAAGCUGAGGGACCAGGGCCGUGGACAGUAGCUGAGGAAGGGAAGGCAGGCCAGCAGGGAACGCCAACACAGCUGAGUGACAGGGCAUCCGUGUGGCGAUGAGCCCUGGCACCAGGGAGAUACAGUAAUCUCUGCUCUCACAGGCCAGCCCGCUGGCAGCUCCCAAGAUGGCUGGCAUGGAAACAUGGUGGGACAUUAGUCAGGAACCUUUUAAUAAAACACUUUGGCUUGCUGCUCUU